CGCCAUCCAAUCAGAGGAAGACGGCGUAGCGCGCCAAGCUAGAAAGGCACUGGCGUGGCAGGCUAGUUAGUGCUCUGCCUUUUCCCCCUCCGUCUUCCUAAGAAUCUAUCUCUAGCUCUCUCUUCCUUUCCUCCUGCAUCAAUCCUGCCCCCAUCCCCAAUCCCACAGUGACAAAGACGCAUCGGAGAGAUGCCCCGUGGCGGUAGCAGCAGCCGCCUCUUCCGCAGCGGCCGGAAGAGAAGAAAGAUAUGGGAUACUGAAUGCACGCUUUUUCCAGGAGAGAGCAUGUCUGGCUUGAGGAAAGAAGAUGCUGGGACUUCUGUGGUGAAUACAUCCCUUUCCAAAGCAUGGCUUAACUGUGGUGAUGGCUUUCAAAGUGACUCUCUGCCACCGAUUAUAGAAUUGUCCACUGAGAUGGCUAUUAUGAAGAAGCACCUUGAAUCAUCUCUCAAAACUAAGGAAGUGGCUUCUCCAUCUGGAACUUCAAAGGGACCUCCUGACAUUAUAUGGAGCUCCAGUGAGAGUGACCUCUCAGAAGACGAUAAAGAGAUGCCUUUUCAACUCCAGAAACAUAAAAGAUGUUCUCCCAACAGAGAGAGGCAGCAUACUAGGAGUAACUUAGGUUUGAAUGACAGUAGCAGUGAAGGUGAACCUCAGUUCAUUGACUGGGAGAACGAUAGUGAUAGUAAAGAAGAUGUUGGUAAAGAAUGUCCUGAAUUUGAAGAAAAUGAGAGUUCUAUGGAAAUAUCAGAUUGUAUUUCUUGUGCAAGUAGCAGUCCUCAUACUAGUGAGGAGAGGGAACAUGACUUUUCUCAAAUGAAUACAACUGAAAUUUUAGAAUAUUCCUCAGAUGUUGAAAAAGAAGAAGACAUGAAGAGUGUGUUACACACCAGUUUAGAAUUUGAUCACAAAUACCACUUAAAUUUUGAAUUAGAUAUUGGACAGGACAAAGGAAGACCUGCAAGUGACUGGAUAAAAUCUGCACAGGUCCUUUUGCAUACACCCAAAAAAGAAACAGAUAAGAAUCCUAGGACUCCAGAAGAUUCUGCAAAGAAAAAUAAAAAGAAGCUAUUAAGGGGAGGGCUAGCAGAAAGGUUAAAUCGAUUACAGAAUAGAGAACGGUCUGCCAUAACUUUCUGGAGGCAUCAGAAUGCUACUUCCAACAAAACACUUCCAGGCAGAAAAUCUGGAGUGUUGAUUGUAAAGAUUAUAGAGAUGCAUGAGGAAUGCACAAUGCAGAUCGCCAUCUGUGAGUUGUUAGAGAUGACUCCUGCUGACAGCUCUUCUAAAGAUGCUGUCCUGGAACCUGGGACCCAACUCAAGGUUCUGUUCACAAAGGAAACUGCAGUUUACCUGAAGGGAAGUCCACAGGAUAUCAUCCAUAUCUAUCCUCCUUGGCAUAAGUUGCUUCUUCAUGAUAAAAGCAUCCCGAUUAUCUUGAACACAUACUUUUGCCAGAAAGUUGUUGUCAAAGAAGAUUCAAAGAAACCUGAUAAAAUGCACUCUCUGAGGAUAUUGCCUAUAAGAAGAAAAAUCAUUUCCUUGGCUGAGACGUUUAGAUUUAAAAGCCAAAUAGAUGACAUUGCUCAGGAAUCAGAAGGACAUAAGGUAAUGUGCACUAAUGUUACUACUACCAAGACAGAUGGACCUCACGACCUCCAACUUAAAAAACAGAACAUUCCAGCCCAGCUCUCCAUAAGUGACUCCCUCCUGGAUGUGGUUGAAAGCCAGGGAACAGCCAGGUGGAAAGGAGUGCAAGUGCGAGUGGUCGUGCAAAGAAUAUAUUAUCUUCCUAUAAGAGAUGUCUUCAAAUAUCAACAAGGAAACACUUCUGCCCAGUCAACUGCCCCUUUGGGAGAUGCAGACUUUCACAAUGCUCGAUGCUGCCUUCUUGUUCAGGAUGCUUAUGGUAUAUUCAGUGAAAUACAUUUGGAAUCCCCCUGUUCUCCUCCAGAUGAUAUCAUUCAACACAACAGACAGUGGGAAGGAAAAUCCUGCAGCCUGGGAGGAUUGAAGAUUUUACAAAGGACCACCAGAGGAAGGGCAAUGGGGCUUUUCAGUCUGAUUGACAGCUUGUGGCCUCCAUUAAUGCCUUUGAAAAUUCCUGGCCAAAGUCAAGACUAUGAAGAGAUGAAAGCUGAUCAGAAGCCUCCCAGCUUCUGUUAUAUCCUCACUGCUUGUCCAGAGCCUGGAGAAGUUGGUAUCAAUGUGGAAAGCACGAUUUCUAAUAUCUACCGGCCCCCAUCCAUCCAUUCCUUAAAAGAUAUUCUUAAGGCAGGUGGUGUUGGGGCUCAUCGUUGCAGCUUUCAUGCCAGAGUGAUAUAUCAAAGACUCCAGUUAAAAAGUACUCUUCCUGUGGACCAAAGAGAAAUUUGGCUUAUGGUGACUGAUGCCACACUGCAAUCAGAAAAUGAUGACCUCCCAAAGACUGUGCCAGUGUGUGUGACCUCAUCGUGUGUCAUCACCCCUGAAGUUAUGGAAGCCCUCACCGAUGCCACAUCACAUACUAUCUUCUUCAAGGAUGUCCUACAAGAAAAUGGUAGGAUUAUUUGCGUUGAACGAACUGUGCUCAUGCUUCAAAAGCCCUUUUUGUGCACGGCUGAUAGUGCUGACACCUCUGAACUGACUGGCCCAGUUAUAUUAGAUGAAUUGGAUUCUGCCACUCAAGUGAACUCCAUUUGUAGCAUCCAAGGCAUUGUGGUUGGUGUGAACGAGAACACGGCUUUUUCCUGGCCUGUAUGUAACAGAUGUGGCAAUGGGAAACUGGAGCAGGACCCAAAAAACAGAGGAGCCUUUCACUGUGUCCGAUGCGCCCUCGCCGUCGCUUCUCCGCUGGUCAGAAUGCACCUAGAGGUGGUUUUGGCCUGCCCUUCCAGACCACAGACUACCGUGAAGGUCAAGCUGUUGCAGAGGAGUAUUUCUUCACUCCUGAGGUUUUCUGCCAGUGAGGAUGGGACUUACGAGGCGAAGAGCGUGCUGGGCCAGCCGGUGGGGCGCUUAGCGUGUUUGGUCCGGGCCUUCACCGGCCGCCCCACCAGCUGCGUGGCACUGGAGGAAAUUGAACUUCUCCGCGCUGGAAGAAACUGAGAGGACCAUCGCCUUGUCGCCGCCAAUGAACUUUGCAGGGUCCUCACGGACGAGUUUGUGGUUCCUCUUUAGCGAAGGACCAAGAUUGAUGGGCCUUCCAGAGGGAGCCCUCUGGGACCAGGUUAGAAAAGUGGGUGCUAGCCACAAAAAUACAUUGCCCACACCGCGGCCCUGUGCGGCCAUGUCUGCAGUGGAAGCACUCCGGCCUCUGAAUGGACUUUGGCCGGCGCGUCAGCCUCCUGGGGACGUUGCAGGAGGCCCCGGCGGGCAGGGCUGUGCUGAGCUCUAAGGAGGGUCCCGCCGGGCUGCCCGGAGCAGUAUCUCCCCGACAAGCACACACUUCCACCCCAACAAGGAGCCAAAGUCCAGGCACUGUUCUUUGUGGCCAGGCCCCCCACCCGGUGGCAAAGGUGAAGCUUGGGUGGAAGGGAGAUAGCUAACCAGGCUGCAAUCCCAGAUCUACUGUAUUAUAAUACAAGUGUAGAUAAGACCUUUACGGCCCCAUCGGGCCCUGAAAUAGGGGCCCAGAGCUAAGAUGGAAAUAGCUGUGGGCCACAUUCUAGGUUUCCCCUCCACCUGAAGGCAAGAUAAGAAUAAGGUUAUCUGGCUCUUUUGUGAGGCCAUGAACUCAUUCUUUGCCCUCUCCCAAGGGGGGUAGAGCGGCCACCGAAACCUCCCCGAAACCUCCCCGGACUUAGUUUAGAAUAUUUAACGAUUUUGCCUGGGGAAGUCAAUGGAAGGGGCCAGGGCGGCCUAGAGAAAAGGUAGGAUCAUCCCCCCCAGCCCCCUGGCCCUCCUUCUUUACAGGAACUGCUAGCUGGGCUCUCUUCCCUUAGGCCCGGGCCUGAGCCGGGCAGGAGGGGGGGGGGGGGCAGGUUUUCUGCCAAAGAGCACCAGACACCAGAAAAUGCUUUGAAUCCCCUGAAGGGUUUGCUUCUAAAAUCAAUUUGCCCUUGUUUCAGGAAACCCGCAGAAAAAUCCAGCCAUCAUUAAACACUCAUCCUGGCCACUAACCUGCCCCCCCCCCAGUGUGGGGACCUCGAAGGAGGGGGCCAAAUCCCCUUAUUCGAUUCUCACCUCCAUUCUAAGCCCUCGACUUUGCUUUAAACAUACCAAGCCUGUUGCGUGGCCAGGAACCCCCUCCUCAAAGGCCCAGGAACAAGAGCUUGGUUUAUCUAAACCGAGAAGUUAGGAAUCCCCUCAGACCAGGUCCAGGAACUGGGGGGUGGGGGUGGGAUUUCAGGAUAAAGCUAGUUCCGGAUUAGGUCGCCGCCCAGCCGAGUAGUUUCCCCAGGUAUGUUUGAAAAUAUAGAUUCCAGGGCAUAUUGAAAUAUAAAUUUAGGGGGACACACGGGGUUUUUUGGGGCAAAUAAUCCAAAUGAAUAGUUCCCCAAUAUUCAAGUUGUGAUGGGUUCGGAAGUGCCAACGCUGUAGCCCCCCCUUUGCCAAUACAGACACGUUCCACCACCCGGGCGAGGGGAGUUGGAGCUCCGAGUGUUCUGGGGCUGACGCACCGGGAGUGAACUUUUACACCACGGAAUCACGUGAGCUACCUGCAUGUCGGAGCAAGCAAGUUUCUCCGGAGUAUGUCCCAGCCUCUCCCUGCUACUGCCAGAGGUGUGGGUCCACCUGUGGCCUUUCCCUACCAGGUCACUGUGAAUACAAGAAGCACGAGUGAUUUAAAAUGCUUUUUUUUAUUCUUAGAAAUACUGUAAAAAUUAAUAUAAAAAGUUGAGCAUGCUCAGGCUUUUCCUCUUAUCUACAAUACAAAGGUUGGGUUGUUGGGUGUUUUUUUUUUAACCAUUUUCUUUUUUACAAAUGUACCAUAGCUGCAUCAACGGGAGUAAGAUGUAGAAAAACAAACAGA